CAGGACCUUUGUGUUGGUGACAGCAGGCGAAGCCAUCGGCAUCGGUCUUCACAGUAAGAGCUUAGUAGUAUGUGUUCUUACAGAAACUGCAAUUUCGUUCGUCAUGCUGGUUCCAGGUUUGAAGCGUAGACGCGGAAUUGUUGCGUUGAAGAAAUUUAACAUCUGCUUUUUGUGUCUUCCAAACAAUUGCGCUUACGAACAGUUGUUUCCUUGAAUUGCGUCGUUUCAGUUCGCCUGGGAAGUUGGGAUCAAUCACUGCCGGUUCAUUUCAUCAUGAAACAUACUGGCAGCUGCAUCGCGACGAUGCAAAAUCGGACAAAAGAACUCGAACUUGCAUCUUAGUGUCAGUGCAUUUUCCAUGACUUCUAUACGAAGAGGUGGUCGAAAAGCACUAAGACGGUUGCGGAAGAACACAAAAACGGAUGUCCUCCAGUCCUUCCUAGCGCUAUUAUGUGAAGCGCUCUGGUGUGUUGAGGGAGACUGUUUUAACUCGUGGCCAUACCAGCCGGCCGUGUACAUCACACGGUAGCGUCGGAACUGCGCCUAGACCGCAACCUUUACGCGUUUUCGCGAUUGAAGAAAAGUUACCAUAAAGCUUCUAAUGCAUCAUAUUCUGUCACCUAGCCGCAUGCUUCGAAACCUGUGCGUCCCUUGUCUCGGUUAGCCACCUGCGAACACCUGUUAAUCCAGCUGCCCCAUCGUAUCAGGAAUGGAUUUUCAGUAGGGGCCUGGUGUAGCAAGCGAAAGAGAACACGCCCGCGCGUAGGAGUCGAUAUCGAAGAUCAAAAGGGGGGAAGAAGCAUGACAUCCACAUCUAGCUUUUUGUUGCUUGGCACUUCGUUUCUGCAGUCGGUGUGGGCGUUAGCUGGUGGGGGGUUCAGCAACAACGUGUGUCAGAUGCUGGGGUCCCUCUUAGUUUUGCAUUAGGACUUCCAAGACCUGUAGUUGUUUUUACGUCGCGGCCCACUCGAAGGGGGAAGGUCACGAUAGUGUGUGUACUUAGAGUGAUGUUUGCAAAGCACCACGCGCGUUUGGCUAGAGUAACGGAGAUGCAAGCAAACGCAGAGCAGCUCCAAAUGCCCGCCGCUGUCCUCUCUCAAGCGGUUCUGCUUGCACCUGGCUGCUUUGGGCUUAGUAUACAUUCAUAGGAAUCCCCAAAGAUAACUACAAAGUGAAAAGUCUGUAAUGCCUCCUGCAUCAGUUCACAGAGUUCAUCCUUCGAAUGUGGGAAGGCGCUGGCCUUUGCAAAAGUGCAGAGGGAGAAGAGGACAUAUGUCGCCAUAAGCAAAAAGAUACCACCAUUUCAUGAAAGUCUAAAAAGAAGGAAAGUGGUUCGUGCUUUCAGCUGACAUAUCUGCCUCGCCCCUUACUGCACGUUGAGAACAUCGAUACAUGGCUGCGUUGAGGCGACAUCGCUAUAGCUCGGCACAUUCAGAGGCAGCCGGACGUCGAGCCGUCUCCUGUAAAAGGAAUUCCAACUCAUUUUUGUCGGGUUAACGCUCCCAUGUUUCCCAUUUCAUUACACUCCUGUGAUGUUGACUGAUAUACUCAAACUCUUCUCCGCUGGUUUCGAGAUUUGCCCGGGUCCAAGUGGUUUAUAGAGGCGGCGAGCUACCGUCGAGACCCGUUGCGAAUUGCAUGCUCAGAGGAAAAACGCAGCAUCGAAGAGGAUGGAAGACCUGGGUUUUAUUGGAGGCUUCUCGUGGAAAACUUGUUCUUAGCUAGGCAGAUCUACCCUUCAGUUAUUAGUUCUUAUGUUCUGUGGAAAUAAUGUGGAAACGAAUGUGGUAAUGACAGCAAAAAACAGAAGACAACUCUUGCCGCCUCAGGAAUAAGGGCUCGCUCCCUGCACGGGCGAAUCUCCGUUAGCACACUUGGUUGCAACUUUCUCACUGCUAGUUUUGCUGGUUUUCUGCCGUGGCUAUCUCGUCUCUAGUAGCCCCCGGGUUACACAUUCAAAAACGUGCGUGUCGCUGUGUCGUUUUUAUCUCGAACGUGACAAAUUCUUGGGGCCAGCGCUGCAGUCCGCGAAUGUUCAUUUUUACUCUUACCAGUUGGCUGUACACCCUUCAAACUUUUGUGUGUCCAUCUGUCACUUCAAAGUGCUGAUCGUCGUUAUGUUUGUGUCAAAAGUCGUAGUGCUCCCGACUUGUCCCUUCGGCCACAAGCCGUGGAUAAGGUCGCAUCUCGAAUGAGGUGGCUCUCUGCAUGGAUUUCGACGUUUUCGAGAGGAAUCUUGCACCGUUUAGAGCGGUUCUGGGUGAAAAAUACGGUGAGGAAGGUGUUUGCCCUAUUAUUUCUGCACGUGGCGUAGAUUUCGUGGACUUGACGCUCGGUGACCGUGAGCUGCGGAUUGGGAACCACCGCAGUCGAGAUCUCGCGAAGGUGGACCCACGCGAAGGCAGUAAAGUGGCUUUUUGCUGGCUAUGAAGUGAGAUUACAGUUUGUUCCAGUGCUCUUACCAUUGCAUGUGUAAGAUGUAGUGCAAGCCGUAGAGCUCUGGCAGCACUCAGUUGUCAACGCGGACUUUAGUCAAACACAAAAAUCGGAUCACCAUGGACGGUGUGAAGGCCGUAGAGAGGCCGGAAUUUUCUGUUCCGCCCAAGACGCUGUGUGAAGACGUGACGGCUGCGAGAAGCAGUGGCUUCGAAGGAGCGGCAGGGUGCACGUCGGCGCAAGACGAUGUUUCCCGUGGUUAUGAAGCGAAACCAGCGCAGAAAAGACGUUUUUUCUCUGCCCUUUCUGAGGAAGAAACAGAGGGUGCACACGGGACUCUGCCGCACCGUGAGGCUGUAGCCAGGGAGGAAACGGGCACGCUUGUGUGUGAUGACUAUUCAGAGCAUUCACAUUUGAAGAGGAAGGAUCCAAUAGGGGAAAUUAAUGAGAACAUAUGGAGUGUACAGGAAGGAUCGGACCUAACGACAUCGUCCUCGGAGGACGAUGGCAUAGGGGAUAUGAAAUGCACAGGGAGACGCAAAUCGCCAGGACAACGGGCAGUGGAUCAGGAAUGUGCGGGCAACAGUAACGCGGCAUCGGGAAGAGAGAGGAAACAUGAAAACAGCAGAGGUGACCACGUAGCCGCACCGGCUGUCGAGCAACUGUCACUGUCCAAGACAGGUGAAAAAGUACACCGACAGAUAUCGGACAGCGCUCGCCACAUAGCCACGGCCUUUGACUCUUGCCAGAAAGAAGUCCAGAAAUAUCAUAUGUAUUCACUUCGUCAUUUGUUCUUCUUCUCCAGUGGAAAUGCACUCCCGCCCCCCUCGUCUUCAUCAUCGUCGUCGUCUUCAUCCUCCCAACAGCUGCCUGGCGACUUUUUCAACACCUGUCCUGCUGAGUGCCUGCAAGCGGUCUUCCACUUCCUUCAUGUAGAGGAUAUUCUUCGAAUGCAAGUCGUUAGCUCGGCGUUCUUCUCAACAAUUCGAGAUGAAAUUGGAGCGUUCACGCAUAUCCGCUCUCUUGUCAUCGACGCGAAGUGGGCAAAGCUGGAGAUUCACGAGAGACAGCAAAUGCUACUGCAGAUGGUUCAGCUGCAGCACCUAGAGGUACAACCUCAAGCCUUCACAGGUGGCUCCAUCUUCAUUCAGGAGAUAGCUGCUCUGGUAUACAGAAACGCUCGGACUCUUCGGUCGCUUCGCCUUCUGUCGCCGGAGAACCCACUUUGUGACGAGACGCCGCUGCACAAUCCGUUCGCGUUCAAACCGCGGACUUUUGCGCGGCUGCGUGUUCUUACGCUGAUUGGGUCACAGGCGUUCGAGUGGGGCUAUAUUCUGAGCAACUGCAACUUCCCUGUUGUUGAGAGAUUCGAAAUCUCCUAUUUUCCGCCUGCGAGUGUCCACUGGUCGUGGAAGGUUGGCCCCGACUUUACACUACUCGGACUCGACGGCCUCAGGCAUAUGCUGGACAAGAUGGAGCUUCUGGAACGCCUGACACUCGGAUUUGAGAUCCGCUUUGAGGACGAUAAUAGGAGGCAACCGUGGGAAGAAGAUGUGGACGCUGCACAUUUCCAGCCUCAACUGAAUGUUGAUGGCGCACAGUACGAUGCAUUGAUUGAGCAGGAGCGACGCCGCUUGGGUUUAGGAGAGAACGGGCCCUUUUCUGAAACUUUGGCUGGGCCAAAUCGUGCAACGGUGGGUAGCGGAUUCCGGGAAGAAUUCAUGCUAGACAGUGCCGAGGGACAGCACUCGGAAGGGGCAAGUGCGUCGGCAGCUUCAGCUACGGGAGACAGGAGGGCAUGGCGUGCUUCAGAAACGGCACCGGCAGCGGCCACAGGUGUGCAUGCAGGGCGAGUGUGGCAAGCGGGUGGGAAUGACAGCCGAGACGAUCUGGUAGGGGUGGAACCCGUGGGCGGCCGGGGUCAGUUGUCAAGUUGGCGCGGCAAAGUGAGUGAAGAAGAUUUCGCCGAUCUGUGUGCAGUGGCUUAUGUCCGGGCAGGAGGAGCCGGCAAUCUCAAAAGAAUCGUCGUCAAACACCGAAGCAAGACAGGUGAAGAAACAAGCAGUCAAGCAACAGUGAGUUCAGUUGCUGAGUUCUUUCAGGAUGCUGCUUCUUUUUGUUAUCGGUAUGUUUCUGAUGUGUUCACUGGCUUUCAACCGCUGGCCGACUGAGAUGGCACAGGCGUGGCAAAAGUGUUACGCAGUAUAAACAGGGGUACUUACGCGACAUGCUGUUAUGGCUUUCACGAGUCAGAUAAGGCAAACGGAGGCCAACUAUAUUUUGGGACGUGCCCUCGCAAGAGAAUACAAACGACGACGGCGGGGAGUGGAUUCGCCGUCUAAUCCGGUCUGGAAAGAAAACGUGUAUCAUCCACGUAAUUUUCAUUAUGAAACGCCUUUGCGAGCAUGUGGUCCUCCGAGCCCCUACGCGUCGUCGAACAACCACUACGGAAAUCGGCUCGCCAACUCAGUAGCCAGCGCCCAAAUGGAGGCCGUAGGUCUUUCUGUUGUCACAGGGAGGAGGUGAAGAAAUAGGAUUCAAUGAACAGGUUUGCCCGCAUGCCACCUUGCGCUCCCUGACGUCUGUCUGUCUGUGCAAGUCUGUGGAAAUUUUGUUUUCUUUUCGCGAACAUUGAAUAGCUAGGGACAGCGCAGUAAAAAAGACACUGAGCUUGAGCGUGGGUGGCAUCGAGGACAAAAGGUGUGUGCUAAGCGAACUGAACGCUUCAAAAAUAUCAUGCACUCGGUGCCAUUAAUACGGAGCAUCUGUGGUAGCAGCGCUUGUCACAGCCUGCGCGGUUGUCAGGUAUCUGGUCGUGCGAUAUUGUCUCUGGAUUCGACGAGUUUUUGCAGAAACUCGUGCGGGCAGAAAAAUGAAUAACUGGAGGAAAAAAUCUUGGAGAGGAACUCUAGGUUCGUAUUUCUCACCGCAGCACACUGAGGCACAGAACAAAUGAAUAUGCGAACUGAUCUUUACUCACGAAACAGAGAGGGUGUUUCCGUUUGCGUCGGCAGCACAGCGCCAGUAUCCCUCGUUUUCCUUUUCAUCCCGGUGACGUCCGUUCCAAUGAGAAACCUCGCGAGCCGGAGAUCACUUUUUACGCGGUAAAAGUUUCGACGAAGCAAACGUAUAGUGUGCGUACAGUGGUGGAUCAGGGGGGGGCCUCACAGUCGCGGGCGGCGGGUUACGCUGUCGAACUGGUUUGUUGAGAGUGGCGCACACGGAUGAAAGAUAGGAACUGUUCCAGCUGAUGCUUGCCUUAUCGGGGAGCUGAACCAGGAUUAGGUCUACGAAUGUGUGUCCAAUCGCGAAAAGCCACCACUGCCUAAAGAGCCGCUGUGUUUCGUUUUCUCGUAUAAAUGACGUCAUGGUGCCACCUGUUCUGGUUACAUCUUUAGGUCGUUUCACUUCACACUGUAUAGACAUCCUAGUGGGGAUACAGGAAUCGCUUAGUACACAUGUGAUUAUUCUGAAGGUUGACUUGUCAUUUCGCGGUAGCUGCUCGUAGGACAAGUCCUAAGUGCGUCACCAGCCUUUAGUGGUUGGAUCACAGGAAGGCGAUAUGCACCAGAGCAAGAGUGACACCUCCUGUCAUGUCAUGACAUGCGCAUGGUACACUGCCUAAGGAAACACGCUGAAAAAGUACACGACAUCGUUCAUAAGCCAAGUCUCCAGGUUGAUUCCAGGGUGUUUCGGUUGACGUAUCAUAUGAAGUUGAGUCCAGCAAAUGCUCACGCGUCUGACGAAGAGGGAAAGAGAACCGUGGCAGUGUUCACUGUUGUUCAAGCCGCUAGCGCAUCUCUACAGUGCGGGCGUCUUCCCAAUAACUGUCGACAGGGUCGUCGGGAAGUCCAUCAUUCUCCGUGUGUCUCACUGGCUCUUCGAAAUCACUCAUGAACGCAACUGCGGAGGAACGCUCAUCAAAACCUUGGGACAGCUCAGGUGACACGUCCUGAUAUCUCGGGGCUUCCUCCCUCCACUGUGAGGGGGCACCAACCUGACGAAGGGAGGUGUCGUGGUGAUCGCUAAACCCCCUCGCAAGGACAGCACAGCCUCCGUCGUCGCAUGCAUUUUCAGUUCUUUCUUGGAUUAGAUACGGAGGUACAUGUAGAUUGCGUUCCUGCAUCUUCUUUAUCAGAAGGCGAACGGCGGCGAAAUUCCCAAUUGAGUUAUAGUACCUGCAGUAUUUGAGCAUCAGAAAGCAGGCAACUCGUUUCGUUGCCACCACAGAGUGUAGCAUGGGAGCUUGCUGGCGCCACAUUAGUUGUUGAGAACACCAGAAGAGGUUUUCUUUAGCAUCAUCUUGCAUAUACUAAGUUGAGGGGGUUCAGACGUCUUCCAUAUCCCCCGCAUAACUGACGAUGUUGUAUCUUGGCGGCAUGAGGCGGUCAUCCAAGCAUUGCUGCUCACGCGCCUAUCUGAUGGCCAGAUGUCAUGUGGCGUAAGAAUGGCGAGAAACCGG